AUUUACCCUUCCCUUGCCGGUUCAAAAAUCAAAAGAUGAAAAAUCAGCAGAUACGCAGAAGCACGUGUCGGGUCAAGACAAACAACGUUCAACAUAUUUAAGUGUUCUUCUUCAAGGCGUCUAUUUCCGUGUUUCAUGAUGAAUUUCAGAUUUCUGUGCCCAGAGUUUUCCUGGUCCAAGGAAAUUUUUUUGCACUUUAACAAAUUGAUUGAAGCCUCAUUGAAAAACGAAGACUUCCGGGAGCAACUUGACGAGUUAAUUACUCGGUCGGUCAGGUCAAUAAGAAAAGAGAUUGUAAAUAUCCAAUCUUUGCCAAAUCUGAAUACCUGCAUAACUCUACUGAAAGAGUUUAUUAGCAAUGUGAAUGAAGUCCACAGCUCCUCAGUAGAGGCAAUACCAGAUUUUGAUACUAAGAUUACACCAUUGUUCUCAAAGUAUGCUGAAUUGGUAGUAUUCCAAUCAAGGCAAGCUGAGUCGCAAAAAGAGUAUGAACUUCAAGUUUGUAACUUUUUGAAUAGUUUAUCAAUGCAUCCUUCUCUAUGUAUGACUACACGUGAGCGUUCUGCAGCAUUUUUAAAAAGAUUGCUGUGUGAUGAAAUCACAGAUGAAGAACCUGUAGAGCUGGAAGGAUCACACUGCUAUGCCGUUGGCACCCAAAAAUCAGCUGAAAACUCUAAAACAGAAAAUAAUCAAAUAGAAAAAGACAUGAAUUACCUGGAGCAUUUCAACAAAGAAGAAAAUGGAGGCCACUGUGAAAAUGACCAUAAAAAUGAGGAAAGAAAAAAUGACAACCAUGUAAAUAGUGAACCUUCCACUAUACCAGAAACACCGUUAAAAUCAUCUCAACCUGUUUGCAUCGGGGUGGCUUCCAUAAGGGGUAUAAUUCCUCUUUCAGCCGGAUGCUUGUUUCCUUUGACGCCUCCCUCAACCGAGCCCAUUGAUGCUGGCGUAUCCUCAAAGCCUCAAACCGAAAUUAUGCCAAUUUUUCCGACUCCGUCACAGACGCCACUCGCUGAAUUUCAAAAAUCCCUCCGAUUACGCUUUCCUACACCGUUUGUCGUAACUCCGACCGAGAAAAGAGCGCGCCGAUAUGUCUUGCGUACCAUUCGAUCACAUCGUCGGCCCCAGCUAUCUUCUUGGAAUGUCGUUGAAACUAGGUCUCCCACUCGUUCCUGUAACCUUAGGAAACAGUUAUUUCUUGACACUGACUCGUGCCAAAGCUCAGCUCAUUCUUCAUCAAGUCAGUUGGCUUUAUAUCUUUCUCCGGAUGAAGAAAAGCAUUCCACAAAAUCUUUUUCGUGUGACGAUACUUUGAAUUAUAUCGAAGAAAAUAAAUUGAGGGAUCUUCGGAAUAUUGACUCUCCCAGCUCCUCCAAGAAGAAUUUGACACCGGAAGACGAAAAACCCAAAUCACCGACCCAAGAAAGGCACGAAGAAAGCUAUACUGAAUUGAAAAAGUCAAUCGAAGGUAAUCUUAUGGGUUGCGAGGCUAGUCUAUCUGACGUUGAGCUGAUGGAUGAAAUAGAGUCAGGACUCAAUCCAGAUGAAGGCGUACUUUUUAUUGACCCUGAAUUAUUAAAAUUAAAUGGGGAUAACAAUGCUAAGGUUGAACAUCUCUUACCUGUAACAGCAUCCAUCAUUUGCCAAGAUGAACGGGUGACGAAGGCUUCUGCUUCUUCAGCCUCUAAGAAAACACUAAACCGGUCGCCAGAACAGCAGUUGGAACGUAGGAGGAGCUCAAGAUUGGCUAGCAAACCUUUACCUUUGAAAUUUACGACUGAAUCUCUUCCCGUUCGAAAACCUAAUAUCAAGAAAAGUCCGCUCAAGCGGGCGCCAUCCGGCGAGAAAGAGGGGAAUGUUCUUCUCCCUCGGAACAAAAAAUUGUUUUCUGAAACCCUUUACGACCUGCCGAAACAACUUUCAGAAACUCAACUAUCUAUUACCGAAACUACUUCUGCACAGAGUUUAACUGACCUCCCCAAGCUUGUAAGCUGGCCAAAAAUACGUCUGCAAAUCCCAUCUUGUUGGGCGGAUAUAAUAGAAAAACACGUCAAACACCAUCAUCCGGACGAGAUGAUCAGGUUCCAAGAAGAUUCAGGUUCACGCUGGCCAACUGUUUAUUGCAACUGUGCUCAAGCCAAACAAGGUUAAUUUUUACGAAACUGAUGUAUUAGAAAGGAAUCUUUUUGGUGCAAACCACGAACAAAUUCAAAAGGAAAAAUGUGUCACAAUUCUUGUAUUCAAUAUCAUUCCGUUCAAAAGAAGUGUGUACCCGUAUUCGGUUUUAUGUUUUAUUUAAAUUUUCUAGUUUUUCCCUUUUCGCAAUCGAACUGUUAUGUUUUAAGUUUAAAAAGAACGUUUUGACACACAAUUAUACUUUGUGUCCGACUUUGGUUCGUUCCUAACUCAGAAUCAGAAGGUUAUUCUUUCAUCCUUUUGUGUCAUGUGUGUUUGAAAUACAUGAAAGUGGCAACGUC